AUGCCCGGCUCCCAAAGUUCCAAAGGCCUAGGGUUGCGCCUUGCGCCCUACUGGCUAUCGGUAUGGUGCUGUAGCAACUUUCCCGAGUGCAGCCGGCGAUCGGCGGCAGAUAGGCGGCAUCGGCCCUCGCAGUUGCGUCACCUCGCACCACUCCCCACCCAGCACCAGCGCCGGGCCGCGACACCUCCACGUCUUACCAUUCUCAAGCCACGGCAGGGUGACGAAAAGCCGCGCCCUGCGCAGCUGCUAGACCAUUUCUGCCAGCUGCCGUACUUUGUCCUCCGGUACUUUGAACACGUCCUGCUGAAGCCCGGCAAGUCCGUGAUGUGCUCGUAUUUCCGCGGUGGGAUAUUAUCCAUGAACAAUUUGGGGUACAUGGGGUUACUGGGUACAGGCUCUGCUCUGACCCAGCCCGCUGCAGCGUCGGGACCGUCUAACCGCGCACCAGGUGCUGCGGUUGAGCCAGUUGCAUCGCUGGGGCACCUCCGUUGGAGUCCACACCGCGGACUGCCCCAUCUCGCGCCAGUCGCCGCAUCGACAACUAGCCACAGCAGCGGCCCAAGUGACUCUGCCUCCAGCACCAGCCGCAGCAUCUCAAAGAUGGAGGUGGCGACAGUUGGAGGCGGCUGCUUCUGGUGCGUAGAAGCCUGCUACAACAUGCUCCAGGGCGUGCAGUCCGCCAUCAGCGGCUAUGCGGCAGGACACGUCAAGAGCCCGACGUACAAGCAGGUGUGCGCCGGUACAACAGGGCAUGCGGAGGUCGUACAGAUUACGUACGACUCAUCUGUAUUGUCGUACAAGGAGAUUUUGCAAAUCUUUUUCACUAUCCAUGACCCCACGACUAAGGACAGGCAAGGCAAUGAUGUGGGCACUCAGUAUCGCUCCAUCAUCCUCACACACAACGACCAGCAGGCGCAGAUCGCCAAGGAGGUCAUGCAACAGAUCACAUCAGAGGGCUGGUGGACGGCGCCCUUGGUAACUGAGGUGGAGCCCCUGGAUGUGUUUUAUCCGGCCGAGGACUACCACCAGAAUUACUUCGUCCAGAACCCAGGACAGGGCUACUGUCGGGCGGUGGUGGGUCCAAAGGUCGCCAAGUUCAGGGCCAAAUUCUCCAGCAAGCUGAAGCAAUAG